AUGGCGACAAAAGCGUUGUCCUUCGCUCUGUCCUUCAAUGACCUCACCAACUGCUUCUCUUCCAAUCCGCCACAGGCCGCCGCUGCCAAAGUUUCCGUCUUUACCGUCAGAUGCUCUUCGGGUAGCCGAGAAAGGCCUUGGAAAAACUCAGAUGCUAGAUUGGUGCUCGAAGAUGGUUCUAUUUGGAGCGCGAAAUCAUUUGGUGCUUCAGGGACACAAGUUGGCGAAGUUGUUUUCAAUACAUCACUGACAGGGUAUCAGGAAAUUUUGACCGAUCCUAGUUAUGCUGGCCAGUUUGUGCUGAUGACAAAUCCUCAUAUUGGGAAUACUGGCGUUAAUUUCGAUGACGAGGAAUCAAUGCAGUGUUUCCUUGCUGGUCUUGUAAUUAGAAGUUUGAGCAUCAGUACCUCUAACUGGAGAUGUGCGAAGGCACUGGGUGAUUACUUAGCUGAAAGGAAUAUCAUGGGAAUUUAUGAUGUUGAUACUCGUGCAAUCACACGCAGAUUGCGGCAAGAUGGAAGUCUUAUUGGUGUCUUGAGCACGGACAAUUCCAAAACAGAUGAGCAACUGCUUCAGCUGUCUAAGUCAUGGAACAUUGUUGGUGUUGAUCUAAUAAGUGGAGUAUCAUGUAAAACUCCACAUGAAUGGGUUGAUAAAACAAAGCAAGAAUGGGAGUUUAGUUCCAGUAAAGUGCACGGAGAGACUUUCCAUGUAGUUGCUUAUGAUUUUGGGAUCAAGCAUAAUAUUCUUAGACGCCUAGCAUCCUAUGGCUGUAAGAUCACUGUUGUGCCAGCUACGUGGCCAGCAUCGGAAACUUUGAAGAUGAAGCCAGAUGGGGUUCUUUUCAGCAACGGCCCUGGAGAUCCAUCUGCUGUUCCAUAUGCUGUUGAAACAGUAAAGAACAUUAUUGGAAAGAUCCCUGUUUUUGGAAUUUGCAUGGGCCAUCAAUUGCUAGGCCAGGCUUUAGGAGGUAAAACAUUUAAGAUGAAAUUUGGUCACCAUGGAGGAAACCAUCCUGUUCGUAACCUUCAAACUGGCCAUGUUGAAAUUAGUGCUCAGAACCACAACUAUGCUGUUGACCCUGCCACACUACCGGAAGGAGUCCAGGUUACUCAUAUCAAUCUCAAUGAUGGAAGUUGUGCUGGUCUUGCUUUCCCAGCACAACAACUUAUGUCUCUUCAGUACCAUCCUGAAGCAUCCCCUGGGCCUCAUGAUUCUGACUACGCUUUUAGGGAGUUUAUUGAACUGAUGAAGCAAGCAAAAAACAGAACAAAGGAAAGUCUACCCCAAUUAUCAGCGCUGCAUAGCGGUUGA